CGUCACUCCCCCCCCCGAUUUCUCCACACUGAUUAAACCAUCAUGGCUGUCAGUAAUGAUGUUCGGGGUUGGGUUAUGAGCGGCGUCUCUGGCGUGGCUUGCAUCUUGGGGUCCGCGGUCAUAUGUGUUGACGUUCUACUCCGCCACUUCUCUAGAGGGAAAGGUUUCCAGAUCGUGAAUAAUAAUGCCUUUCUCUCCGCUUCGUUGUGUCUUAGUGCUGGUGUUAUGCUCUUUACUUCUCUCUAUAGCAUGCUGCCUACCUCUCAAAAGUACCUCACCCGUGCUGGAUGGUCUCCUGCUGCUGCCGCCUAUUCCCUGAUCGGUCUCUUUCUAGCCGGUGUCAUUGUUAUUCGUUUCCUGUCUGCGCUUCUUCAUCGUUAUAUUCCCUCCCACGUCGUCGGCUGUGCUCAUAGUCAUGAGCCGGAUGCAAACUCUGCCGACCCGGAACGCGGCCACGGUCACCAUCAUGCACAUCACUCAGAAGAUCAUCAUGGUUGGACUGAGCGGACUCCUUUGCUGGCGCGGGCGAGCAAAUCCAGUCCUGCGGUGCCACACGCGGGAUCUGAGGGAAAUCCCCACUCUGCCGUUUUUCCUGCCGGAACUUGGCGCGUACGUCUGGGCCGGCGCUUAAGUCGUAUGGUGGGCAUCAAAACGCAGUGCGACAAGGAUGGUCCCUGUUAUGGCUUUUCGCAGACAUGCGGUGCUGAAUGCUCUAAGACUCUAAUUGCCCCUGAGGUCUCUGUCGCAGAUGACACUAGCGUUCACACUAUCCCCGUGCAUAUAGACAUUGAACGGGUGGAUGGCCCAGAAGAAGACUUGUCUGUCUCCAACCACACACAUCACAAACUUGGAGACUCAUCGUCCUCUACCCCUCGUAACGAAAUACCUGAAUACUUAGGUUCAACUGCGGGCGAUGUGGAUGGCACGUCCAAAACACAAGUUCCUGGAAGCCAGCAUCACCACCAUGUACCGCAAAAUGCUUUCUUGUCUAUCGGCCUGCAAACGUCAAUAGCGAUCGCUCUUCACAAAUUGCCCGAGGGUUUCAUCACUUAUGCCACCAACCAUGCUAGCCCAAAACUUGGUCUGACCGUUUUUCUUGCCCUUCUCAUCCACAAUAUCAGUGAAGGCUUUGCCAUGGCACUGCCUCUUUAUCUUGCCCUGCACUCGCGCGGCAAAGCGAUUUUCUGGUCCAGCCUUCUGGGCGGUGUCAGCCAACCGGCCGGUGCAGGUCUCGCGGUCCUUUGGAUCUGGGGCGCCGGACGAACCGGUAGCCCCGGGGACGAUGCCGACUCGUCCUGGGCCGUGUACGGAGGCAUGUUCGCCGCUACAGCCGGGGUCAUGACCUCCGUAGCCCUGCAGUUGUUCAGCGAAGGGUUGGGACUGACCCACAACCGGGGGAUGUCAAUCGGCUUUGCCAUUGCGGGAAUGGGUAUAAUGGGCCUCAGCUUUGCCCUGACUGCAUAAUUGUCAUGAUUCACUAGGCGUUUAUUUGGUAUACCUUGGGGUUUGAGUUUGAGUUACUAUAAACACCACGCAUCACCAUAGACAAAAAGGAGGCCAACGCGAUAAAGCAUCUAGGAGUUAAACCUGUUUCGUGAAUGCGCAACGAGUGAUGAUUCUGUUUUCGGGUUUAUGAGAUAUGUCUUUACCUAUUCACUUAAUGCAACCUGUUGCUCAACGAAGACUCAAAACUCAUCCUUGCGGCAAUUAGGGGUAAUAUUCCUUUCAUAGGCGUACUGUAGAAUGCUUAAAUAGACAUGGUAUAUCGGAGCCCCUUCCCUAAAUCGCGGCCUCGUAAGUGCGCUAGUUGGGGCUUGAGUAAUGCGGUGGAACUGUCUAGUAGAUCUAUGAGAUCACUAUGCUUGUUUGAUGGACCGUGGGGUGAAUGUGUCUCCUUGUUGAUGAGAUCAUAUGUAGUCAGUCACUGUGCUUGUAAGGUACCGAUUGAAUACACGAGGUGAGAUGGGGGAGAAAAUCUGCCAUGGGUUCAGGUGACACAGAUCCAGAGAUCAUGUGCUGGGUAAAUCUUAUAUCGAAUCAUUUGCUCUUUGUAAGAUACUUAAUAUUCCUAUCGAGGAGAGGUUAUUGCUGAAUUUGAUAUUAUAGUGAAA